UGUGUUAACAAGCGUGUGUCUCUUUGACUUUUUGGUAGUCAAAUAUUUGGAUACAAUUUUUUAUUUGAUUUGGGCUGAUUUAUUACUUUCGAACUGUUUGUGUGUGGUACUUUCUUUGGUGGCGUCUUUGAUUUGUGCACGUAAACCGAUAAAGCAGUUAAGACCAUAAUAGCGGUUAUUGAACUUCUCCUUCGCUUUUUGUUACCAAUUUGGUCUUGGCUUGGUUUAUAAAGGGAAAACCCAAUUUGUGUUACGUGAUUUGAAUAUCAUUAAAAAACUACUCUCAAAGUAAACCUAAAAAAAAUCAAUCAUGAAAUUCACCUUAGUCCUCUGCGUUUUGGCUUGUGCUUUGGCAAUUGCACAUGGUGCCACUCAAUACACCAGUAAAUUUGACGGUUUCGAUGUGGAUAUGGUUCUAGCCAACAAACGUAUCCUGCAAAAUUAUAUUAAAUGUUUGAAUGAUAAAGGACCAUGCACAAACGAAGGACGUGAACUAAAGAAACUCCUUCCUGAUGCUUUGGCUAGUGAUUGCUCCAAGUGUACUGAAGUCCAAAAGAAAAAUUCCCAAAAAGUUGUCGAACAUUUGCGUAAGAAUACACCAGCAGAUUUUGAUAAUUUGUUGAAGAAAUACGAUCCAAAGGGUGCUUACAGGGCAAAGCAUGGUUUGUAAAUUAUUAUUUAUAAUUAAUUAAAUUUGUGUAUACAAAAAUUGAUGUUUUGUAAAAUUUGUAAAAAAAAAGAGAAAAAAUAAAAUAUUUUUUUGUAUAAAAUCCACUUAAAAAAUAAACGUUUUUUUUAUUA